CCUCCUCGCCUCGCUGGAAGAAGUAGCCUCUGCUCUGCUCUGCUCUACUACAGCCACCUCUCUCUCUCUCUAGUUUCUCUCUCUAGCCCCCUCCCUCCUCCUCCUCCUCCCCCACUAGCGCAGAGCCCAAUGCGGAACAAACCCUAGUAGUGCCCCCCCCCCCACCACCGGGUCCCCUCCUGAUCUCGCGCGGCGGCCAUGGGUAACUGCUGCCGGUCGCCGGCGGCCGCCGCGAGGGAGGAUGUGAAGACAUCGCACUUCCCCGCCUCUACCGGAGGCGGGAAGAAGAAGCCGCACCAGGCGCGGAACGGGGGAGGCGGAGGUGGUGGUGGAGGAGGGGGAGGCUGGGAGAAGAAGCGGCUGUCGGUGCUCGGGGAGGAAGGGAGCGAGGUGAACGGCGGGAUCGAGGAGAAGUACGCGCUGGACAGGGAGCUGGGGCGCGGCGAGUUCGGGGUGACGUACCUGUGCAUGGACCGGUGCUCGCGGGAGCUCCUCGCGUGCAAGUCGAUCUCGAAGCGGAAGCUGCGGACGCCCGUGGACGUGGAGGACGUGCGGCGGGAGGUGGCCAUCAUGCGGCACCUGCCCAGGAGCGCCAGCAUCGUGUCGCUGCGGGAGGCGUGCGAGGACGACGGCGCCGUGCACCUCGUCAUGGAGCUGUGCGAGGGAGGGGAGCUGUUCGACCGCAUCGUCGCCAGGGGCCACUACACGGAGCGCGCGGCGGCGGCGGUCACGCGCACCAUCGUCGAGGUCGUGCAGCUCUGCCACCGCCACGGCGUGAUCCACCGGGACCUCAAGCCCGAGAACUUCCUCUUCGCCAACAAGAAGGAGAAUUCCCCACUCAAGGCCAUCGACUUCGGCCUCUCCAUCUUCUUCAAGCCUGGUGAAAAAUUUUCUGAAAUUGUGGGAAGUCCAUAUUACAUGGCUCCUGAAGUGCUGAAGAGAAACUAUGGACCUGAAAUAGACAUAUGGAGUGCUGGUGUCAUCUUGUAUAUUUUGUUAUGUGGAGUUCCUCCUUUUUGGGCUGAGACUGAACAAGGAGUGGCACAAGCUAUACUUCGUGGAAAUAUAGAUUUUAAGCGAGAACCAUGGCCCAAUGUUUCUGAUAAUGCUAAAGAUCUAGUUCGUCAGAUGCUUCAGCCUGACCCAAAACUCAGGCUAACAGCAAAGCAAGUUCUUGAGCAUACCUGGCUUCAAAAUGCUAAGAAAGCUCCAAAUGUUCCACUUGGAGAUAUUGUAAAGUCAAGGCUGAAACAGUUUUCAAGGAUGAAUAGAUUCAAAAGAAGAGCUCUAAGGGUUAUUGCUGAUCACUUAUCAGCCGAAGAGGUUGAGGACAUAAAGGACAUGUUCAAGGUGAUGGAUACAGAUAAUGAUGGUAUAGUCUCUUAUGAAGAGUUAAAGAGUGGAAUCGCAAAAUUUGGUUCCCAUCUUGCAGAAUCUGAAGUGCAAAUGCUUAUUGAAGCUGUGGAUACAAAUGGUAGGGGAGCACUAGAUUAUGGUGAAUUUUUGGCCGUUUCACUUCACUUACAAAGGAUGGCAAAUGGCGAGCACCUCCGGCGGGCCUUCCUAUUUUUCGACAAGGAUGGCAAUGGCUAUAUUGAGCCCGAGGAGCUUCAGGAGGCUCUGGUGGAGGAUGGGGCAACUGAUAUCAUGGAAGUGGUGAAGGACAUAUUGCAAGAGGUUGACACUGACAAGGAUGGCAAAAUUAGCUAUGAAGAAUUCGUAGCAAUGAUGAAGACUGGCACAGAUUGGAGAAAGGCGUCACGGCAUUAUUCAAGAGGACGUUUCAACAGCCUUAGCAUAAGGCUUAUAAAGGAUGGAUCUGUAAAAUUGGGCAACGAGUGAAGUUGCAAACUUGCAGCUGGUGUUGCCCUUUACUACUCAUCUGCGCAUGCUACUUCAAGCCUUCAGCAGUUCAGCUACACCCAAACAGCAUACUGUUACAGAAGAAAAGAACAAAAAAGCAGCUUGGAGCUAUACAUGACCAUGGCAGAUCAGCAGGUGUACUCCUAGUACAUUGUUAGAGCAAGUUCAAUAUUAUAGACAACUACUGGCUCCAAUUCAUCUAUAGCCAAUCUAAUAGCUCAUUCAUACAAUAGUUACAUACUACACUAUUAAUACCUAGUCUCACCUGUCAUAGACACACUGCAUCUUGGAGUGCUACAGCUGGCUACAAAUCUGUAGUCCGCUGCUAUUCUCUCUCCUGAUUUAUCUCCUUAAAAUAUGUUUGCAGCUGGCUUAUAGCUUGCUAUU